UUUCAACGUGCAACAACUGGACUUCUUAUGAUAAGCCAUAAUAAGUGCGUUCUUUAUUUCAAUUUGUGUAUAUUUGAAGUAUUACUUCGUGUCACCCAAAACUCCUACAACAUUAUCCAUAAACAACUGCGAAACAGGUCCGUGGACUGUGAUGAUGAGUGAUGACCACGCAUUAUAAUAUGAAAAAUACUCAUGACUGCCAGUAAUAUUCUUCCGCGGUCGCGAUAACACUGUGGACAAUACUACAAUAUAGUACAAUAGGUAUCAUGAAAAAUACCGUAUAUUUUGAUUUUUCUAAUUAAUUAACUAAAUUCAGUUCUGAUUAUUUUGUGUCGUUACGCCUGACCACCUGGGUAUUUACCAUUGUUAUGACUGGUAUAGUAUUACAUAUUUAUAUUUUCCAUGACUUUUGAGACUACUAUUUUUAAACCUCUCCAUUCAAUCAAAUAUUACUUUAUUUCAUUUCAACGCUGUACACAAAUCGCGAUUUCCGAUACGAUUUCACCAAAUUCAGUUUUCGAUUUCCGCCUUUCGGGCUUUCUGAUGCGUUUACAUAAUAAUGCCCGUUUACUGCGAGAUGUUGUUGAAAUGUGCACGUGAAUAAUUACUGUUACUGAACGUGACCCGUACCUGGCACCUGCACAAGAAGACAGGUCCGAGUCAGAAAAUAGAACAACUGGAAUAAAUUAUGGAGAAAUCAUUAGUUCCUCAUAAGUUUACUAAUAAUGACCUUUAUAUUACUCACGCCGAAUUUCAAGGAUGUUUCAUAAAAAUUUGGGCAAACUUUUACUCUCAAAAAAGAACAAAUUUAGAAAAAAACGUACAAAAUUAUGACAAUUACUCAAAGGACUGUAAUACAUUGGACUUAUUUGGAAACAAGUUAUAUGUAUAUACUUGGAAAAAUGACAAUGAAUCAAGAGUAUAUAGAUGUCGAAUUAUAUAUUCAGAUUUAGUAGCCAAAACUCACACUAUAAUCCUCAUUGAUUAUGGCCGGACUAUGGUGGCUUCAUACUGUGAUGUAAGAGAAAUAAUUCAGGAUUUAGAUACAUCUUUUUUAAUUGAUUUAUGUCAAAGAGCUACAGUAUACACAUUUUUGCUGAGUACAUAUAUAAGUAAACCAAAAUCAAACAAUGACUUAGUUAAUAUUUUGUGUAAUAAAUAUUACAAAUAUCGAAGAGACUUUGAAGUUGGCGGAAUCACAUUCAUAUCAUUAUUUGAUGUUGAUAAAAUGUUAGUUGACAAAGGCAUAGCAGAUCACAUCAAUUUGGCUACAAUGAUCACCGUUGCUAAAAGUAUGGAAUCAACAAUUGAGUUAAACAAUAAAACCGAUAUGAUGAACAGUUGCUCAAUUAAUAGCAACGCUUCAAGCUUUGGUUCGUUCCUACAAUCUCAACGUUUAGAUUACGUUACUUUAAUAGACAUAAGUGUCACAAGAGUUGUUAUAGAUAACAUUUCAAUUCUACUAACAGUCCGGACUCUUGACAAUGAAUCUGAAGCAUUAACCAAUAUGUUAAAUUCAAUUGACAGACAAAAUUUAAAACUGGCACCUGUUCUUGAAGUGUAUACUCCUUGUUUGAUUGUUUUACGUAACAAACUGGUUAGAGCUAUAAUUUUGGAAGUAAAAAUAGAUCAAUUGUACAUUGAUCUAGUAGAUUAUGGAAUCAAAGAGUUGGUACCUAGGACUGCAGUUUUUGAAAUACCUCCCAAUUGCUAUUUAAUUGAAAUGCGAUCUUUGAAUGUAAUACUAGACAAGCCAAAAGAUACUAUUGUAGAUGAAAACAUGUUUAUUCAUAAAUAUUUUCAAAUGCUACCAAUAAAAAUGGAUCCUAAUUUUGGUUUAUACAAAGUUAAAUUAUUCAAAAAAAUUAUUGAAGGCCAUAUUGAUGUAUGUAAAGUAUCAAAUGGUACAAAUGAUUCAAUAUGUAUGAAGUCGCAAGAAAUGUUUUCAAUAACAGAGAUAAAUGAUGAGAUAAAAAGCAUUGAAAAUAAUGCAGAAAAUUGUGAAACACCAAUAAACUGUCUUAGUGAUAUUCAAAUAGAAAAAAGCAUAAAUUUAGAAAUGAAAGAAAUCACAAAUUCAGAAAUAAAAGAAAUCACAAAUUCAGAAAUAAAAGAAAUCGCAGAUCAGGAAUUAGUGGAAAAAGAACCAGAAGUUAUAAAACAAAUAUUCCCGAUAAUGUCUUUAAAGAAAGAAACUUUAAAUGACGCACAAGAAAUUAUUGGUUCAUUGAUUUAUUACAAAUCACCAUUUAACUUUAGUGUGAGACAAUACAAUCCAAAUUUUGAACCUCUUAUGGACCAUAUUAAAUCUAUUUUGGACUCUCGUUAUAUUUUGAAAAAAUGUGAACUUGUGGAAAAUAUGUAUGUUAUUUAUCAGAUUCAAUCAAAUUCUAUAUAUCGUGCUAAAAUAAUUGAAAUGGAUUCUAAAAUUGAAAAGAUUAAAUUGCAAUUGAUUGAUGAAGGAGAUAAAAUAGUCAAUGAAUAUGUUGACAAAAUCAUAUUGUACAAUUUUGUUGAAAAUGAUUGUAAUGUACCUGGACAAUUAGUAAUAGAUUGCUCAUUAAGUGACAUGUGGUUCCCUGUUAUAAAUAUUGAUAUUACAUCAAUGUUACAACCACACUUUAAAAUAAGUCAACUAUAUAAAGUACUGUUACUAAAAACUAAUGAGUCUGGUACUCAAGUAGUGCAGAUGAUUCAUAAGGAUACCAAUGUUGAUGUUUCGAAUGCUAUACUUCAGUCUGGAAUUGGGCAACGUUUAAAUGCUGCUAUGAAAACCGAUGAAAAUCCAUACGAAGAAAACCUAUUAAUAGGUCAAAGUUUUGUCGCUUAUGUUUAUAACUACCAUUUAAAACUCAGAAUUCAACCAGAACCAAAUACUGUCGAUGAACUGGAAGAAGAAAUUGUAAAACACAUUAAUGAAAAUCCGGGUUCUGAAUCAAUGGAUAUAAAUUAUUUAGAAAAUACAUAUUGUUUGGCAACUGUCGAUAACGAUCAAUGGUAUAGAGCUUAUAUUAAAAACAUAAAUGAAGAGUCCAUCAUAGUAAACAUGUUCGAUAUUGGUUUAUUGACUGAUGUUUUAUUAAAUCAGAUUCGACCAAUUACAACUAAUUUAAUGAGAAGACCUCAGCUCUGUUUGAAUUGUCAUUUGGAAAGUAAAGACUUAGAUAUUAAAAUUGCAGAAAAAAUAUUGUAUAACAUAACAGUAAAAUCCAUUGAUCCUAACGGAGUGUUAUGUAUAAAUAUAAAAGAACAUGAUUCUGCUCCACUUUCCUCUCCAAUUGUUCGGGGCAUUGAAAAAAUAUCAUUUUUACAUGUUGAUGGUGAUUUGACUUACUUGCAGAGAUCUCAAGAUAUAUCGAAGGUUGAAAAAAUAUCUGAAAAUCUAUCAAAACUUUCUGGUAAAUUAGGAAGUAACACUUCCAUAGCACCGGGAGACAUAAACAUGUUUGAAAGCCAUGGUAAAUAUUAUAGAUGUGUAGUUAAAUCAAUUAAUUCUAAAUUAGCAGUUGUACAUUGCAUUGACUUUGGUUAUGAAAAGCUAAUAGAAAAGAAAAAGCUACAAUGUUUGGGGCAUAUUAAAAUAGCACUGUUACCAGCACUUGUCAUCACUGUUAAAACAUUUCCAAUGGCAUUUAAUAUGUCUAGAACAAUGUUCCUAGCCAAUAUGCAUGUAGACAACGACGGAACGCUUAAUGCUUUACCAAACAAAAUAACAAUAGUACAGUCGCAAAACAAAUUAAUGGAAACCCUUGAAAAUGGUUGUUUAGUGAGAGUUACAUGUAUUAACUCUGACAGUGACUGUUGGAUUGUUCCUCAUUUACUUAAUGAUAAGCUAAAGAUUAUUUCGGAUGUUCUUGUAAAAAUGCAAUCAAAAAUGAUACCAGCUGUAACUGAAAUUGGUUCUUUGUGUGCUGCAUUACAUUCAAUAACAAAAAAAUGGCACAGAGCUUUGAUAUUGGAUAUCAAUGGAAGUGCUAAAAAUGUUUUGUCAAUAGAUUCAGGAGAACAUUUCAAAGCAUUAAAAACCACUAAAUUGGUUAGUGAAAUUCAGAAAAUACCAAAUUGUGCCUUGCGCUGUCAAGUGGUAUCAAAUGUUGACAUUAAUACACUUUUAAACAAAGAUGUUGAAUGUAAACUGAUAUCUUAUACUAAGUCGCUACUUGAGGUGAAAUUAUUUGAAAAUUACAUAAAUAACAAAUCAGAAAUUACUUCUAGUGUGUCAACUAUGGAGUGGUGUAUUACCAUCCAUAGGUUUGAAUCAUAUGACGAGUUCUAUGUAAAUAAAAUCAAAGAUGAAUGUGGUUCAAAUAAUGAAAAUGUGGACAUGCAAUUAAAUUAUAUUGCUAACAACUUAGAAGAUUUUCUACAGCCACCACCUAUCGGUACACUAGUGGCAGCAUUGACUGAUAAAAAGGAUGGUUUAUGGUAUAAGGCUGAAGUGUUGACGCCCAUUAAAACCAAUCUAGUUGUUCGCAUCUUUAGUGAUGGUAAUGUUUGUAAAGCAAUACAAAUAAAAGUUCUCCCAAGCAUCUUUUGUGAUGAAAAAUUGUAUUUUCGCUGUUGCUUGGAUCAAGAAAUUGUGGAUGCUAACAUUAAUGAUCCCUUAAAUUAUGAUGUUAUAUCAGAAAUGAUGAUGAAAUAUAAAUGGAUAAUGACAACAACAAGUAUCACUGAACCAUACAAAGUGUCAUUGAUAAGUUAUCUUGACGGUGUACAUUGUUUAGAUCUGUUGGAUACAAUUUUAACUAUAAAUCACCAUGACAUUUCUAAUAGCAGUAAAAUGUCAGAAAAUAGCCCCAUUUUGAGGAAUAAUGUACUUGACGAUCAUGCAAAAUCAAAUUCGGAAAAUCAGUUAAAUAAUAUUCCAGAGAAAAAAAAUAAUGAAAAUAAUAUAAUUAUACCUGAAGUAGAAAUUGUGGUUAUCAAGUAUAUUGAAACAUUCCAAUAUUUUUAUGUGCACUCUGAGAGUUUGGCAAUGUUGUAUAUGCCACGGAUCUCCGAAGACUUGGAUAUGAGCAUAAUUGAAUUACCUCUAAAUGAUUGUAUGGUUGGUUGCAUUGUUGUUACACACAGUAUUCAUUUUAACUGUUGGUGUAGAGCCAAAAUAGAAAUAAUCACUGAUGGUAUCAGUGCUAAAUGUUAUCUAUUAGAUUUUGGUGAGUAUGAAGAAUGUACUGAAUUCUAUAAGCCUACAGAAUUCCUUUGCAUGUGCCCUCCACUGGUAAGACGCUGUUCGUUGUAUGCUCCAAAGUUGGCUGGCAAAGAAAAUGAAAUUUGGUUUCCCAAUGUUAAUGAAAUGUUUAAAGACAUUACCACAAUUGAUGGUAUUAAGUUUAAUAUGAUUGUAAAAACCCAGGGAGAUCCUUGUGUGGUCUCUUUGGAGCUAGACAAUUCUGACGUUGGUGAAAUGAUGGAUCCUUUAUAUGUUAAUUUGACACAUAUUAAGUCUUUUAGUGAUUUCAAAAUCAAAGCAAUAUCCAAAGAUCAGGAAUGCAUGACCCAAAUGUUGGAAAACUAUAUUAAUACAAAAAAUAUGGUGAAGGUACAUAACCCUAAAGUUGAUGAGUUGUAUCUUACCAAAAUCAAAUCAAAAUAUGUACGUGUGAAGCUUGAAUCAUUUAGCGGUUCUAAGUAUUUAAUCGUUGACAUAGAUGAUACGUUGGAUUUUAUAACUGUAAUGAAUUUAUAUGAACUACCAGAAAAUAUACGCCAAAUUCCUAUGUUAUGCAUGUCCUGUUCCUUGAUUCUUGAUGAUAAAAAAGAAAAGUAUAGUUUGAGUAGUUUCCAAAAGUUGGCAAACCCCAAAGUUACAUUCAUUAUGUGCAUCAUUACAGAGAAUGAUGGUACAACUCCAAAUCAAGUUAGACUUUAUCUUGACAACAAAGACGUUCUUGAUUUUAUAAAAUUACACUAAAUGUGUUCAUAAGUUACAUUUAUUUAAUAAAAUUUUAAAGUACAAAGUUUUUUAGUUACUAAUUUUUUUACUACAAAAUAUAAGAAAGUUAUUGUUAUUAUAUUAUAAAAUUAAAUUCAACUAUUUUAUAUUUUUUCAUGUUCUAUGAUUUGAUUGUUAUAUUUAAAUUAAUUUAUAAAAGGUAUUUAUAAAAUUUGUUUGCUUUUUUACUACUUAUGACCUUAGCUUAUGAAAAGGAAGCGGAUUUCAAUGCAAAUUUCAUUUUUUUCUGAAUGUUGUAAACAAUACUUUCGAAGCACACAUAUAUCAAAGAAUUAAAAAAUGAAAAUUAUUUUUAGAAUAUUUUUUAUUAUUUUUUACAUAAUUAAUAGUUUUAUCAGAAAAUUUGAUAAAUUUAUUUUGAUUCCUGCCUAAAGGAAAAAAUUCAUAUUUCUAUUUUUUAAAUGUAUUAAUUGGUCGGUUUACGCACUUGGCGGUUAAUCGCGAGUGUCGCUAUCUUCAGAAGACAGAAACGCGGCGAUUAACUGCAUGAAAUAAAGUUUUUAAGGCAAUUUCUUGUUUUUUAAAGAAAUUAAAUCCGCUCUCUACUUAUGAAUUAUGAUUAUAGAGCAUAAAGUUUGAUCCAUUAUUAUGUAGAUACCUAAAAGACUGCGUAAAAAUUAUAUUAAUGUUGACAAACCGUGCGGUUUGAGUGUUAAAUCUCCACCAGAAGAUUUGAUUGUUUUACAUAAACUUCAUCUGUACCACAUGUAAGUUUUUCAUCAAUGACAAGUUGAAUACAUUUUACAUAGGAUGUAUUGUGACAUCAUUCUUAUCAAUAUAUGUACUAUUAUGUAGCAAAAAAUUCUUCCACAUGUAAAAUAUUUCAACGACAGUGAUUUAUAUUUAUUAUAAUUUAUAGUAUAUUGUAUACAUGUAAUAAGGAGAAAUUUUUUAUUUUUACAAAUUCUUAUAAUAAAUUGGUAAAAUAUAAUCGUAUUUUUA